AUAACACCCUGCGUUCGAUCUUUGUUCUGACGUCAUUUUGUCAGAUGAUGGCGAUCGGAGUGUAGCGUUGCGUUCAAUCUACAAUCGAACGUUCUUUCUAUGCUUCUUGCAGUACUGCGGUGAGGAGUCCGUGAAUUCAGCAAGACAUGGCGAUGUCGAGUACCAGUAGCUCUUCGAGAGCUGAGUUCGUUGUGGGAGGAAAGUAUAAACUGGUUCGCAAAGUCGGAAGUGGUUCCUUUGGCGAUAUCUACCUUGGAAUCAACAUGGUGAAUGGAGAGGAAGUUGCUGUGAAGUUGGAAUCUACGAAAGCAAGACACCCUCAGCUGUUGUACGAAAGCAAGCUGUACAAAAUUCUGCAAGGAAAUGAAGGAAUUCCACACACCAAGUGGUACGGCACUGAAAAAGACUACAAUGUGCUAGUCAUGGAUCUGCUUGGACCCAGCUUAGAGGAUCUGUUCAACUUUUGCUCUCGUCGCUUUACGAUGAAGACUGUACUCAUGCUGUUUGAUCAGAUGAUUGGACACAUCGAAUAUGUGCACACCAAGAGCUUUAUUCAUCGAGACAUCAAGCCCGACAACUUCCUCAUGGGUAUUGGUGGUCACUGCAACAAGCUGUUCCUGAUUGACUUUGGGCUUGCCAAGAAAUACCGUGACAAUCGCAACAAGCAGCACAUACCGUACCGUGAAGACAAAAAUUUGACAGGCACCGCACGCUACGCCAGUAUCAAUGCCCACUUGGGGAUUGAACAAAGCCGACGAGAUGACAUGGAAUCAAUGGGCUAUGUGUUGAUGUACUUCAACCGAGGGAGCCUGCCAUGGCAAGGUUUGAAGGCGGCCACAAAGAAGCAGAAGUACGAGAAGAUCAGCGAAAAGAAAAUGUCAACCCCCGUGGAGGUACUAUGCAAGGGGUUCCCAGCAGAGUUCACCAUGUACCUGAACUACUGUCGCGGACUGCGUUUUGAGGAAGCACCUGACUACAAGUACCUGCGCCAGAUCUUCCGCAUCCUGUUCCGCACGCUGAAUCAUCAGUAUGACUAUGUCUUCGACUGGACCAUGCUGAAACAGAAAGCUGCAGCCUCAGCUGCGGCCUCAGGAGUCAUGGGCGGGCAGACCGUCGCGACACCAGGUGGCCGCUAAUCGGAACUGGCACUAGGACGAAGUGCCACUGCAGUUCCCUGUGCAGUGAAACAGGGCUUGCAAGUUGGCCCACGGGUCUGUUCCAAGUGUGAAACAGCUUGUCAAUGUCUUAAAGAGUUUCACCCUAUCUCAUGCUCUCUCUGUACAUUGAUAAGCUCUGCUAGAUGUUCAGGAUCAUAAAUGAAAUAGAGGUUG